AUGUCAGUGAGCGGCUGCUGUCCCUACGAGGGUGAGCUGCUCCCCAGAGCGCUGCCUCCUCUGAUUAUCAUAGAGUUCCUGCUGGGUGUCCUGGCCAAUGCCUGGCUGCAUCCCCACCACCGCCUCAACUCUGCCUCCGCUGCCGAGGCUGCAGGCGUCGCUGGGGCAAUGUGGGUACUCACCGUCUCCCUGAACGCCCACUUCCUGAAGGUACCACAGCACCUGGCGGUGGGAAAUGCCAUGAAGUGCGAGAGCUUCCUGGUGUGCCUGACUGUGGCCCCUGCUUCCCUCUGGUCCAGGACAGCCUCGUUCGUGAUCAUCUUCUUAGUCCCCCUAGCUCUGAACCUCGUCUGCUCGCUCCGCAUCAUCUCCGAGCUCAGGCGCAGGCAUCUGGAUCACCACGGCAACAUGAAGAGGACCAUCUCCUCCCUGGCCAUGGUGGUGGUAGUGUUCGUAGUCUGCUUCCUGCCCAGCAAAGUGUUCCAGGUGCUGAUCUGGGUGAAGGUGUGGUCGCAGUGCGAAUCCGUGGACGUAAUGAACGGGAUAUUCUACGCCACGCUGACCCUCACCUACCUCAACAGCAUACUGGACCCUGUGCUCUACUACUUCUCCAGCCCCAACAUCCAGCGGGUGUGCAGACAGCUGGUGAGACUCCAGAGCACAGAGGGAAUGGUGGACACAGGGGAGGACGGGACUUAAGACAUUAGCUCCCAGGCUGACAGACAGGAGUGAGGGGUCUGAGGCUCCCCAUUGCUCAACAUGGAGACACAUUUCACUCAUGCAGUAACAUAGUGCUUACUGUUUUAAUUGAAGACAUUUUUCUUAUUUUUCUCAUUCUUAUUUUUCUCAUUUUUAUCAAAUAUAAAAGGUACAAAUUGACUAUUGGAAUUAAAUAAAUUGAAAUGAAAUAAUGAAAUCAAUUUGUAUUAAAUUAGGCCUAGUAUGUAAGCAUUAGGACAAGACAUAUAUAUAUGUUUUAUUGUUAAUGUCAUUUAUUAAUAGAUGUAAACAUUUUGAGUAAAUGUUGACCUAUGAAAUAUGUGCUGAUUCAAGUUUAAAAUCGACAUCAGUUUAAUCACUGAAUUAAAUGCUUUUUCCUU